AUGGGCUGCGCUCCCAGCAUCCACGUCUCGCAGAGCGGCGUGAUUUACUGCCGGGACUCGGACGAGUCCAAUUCCCCCAACCAGACCACCACCAUCUCGCAGGGCACCGCCACCCUGCACGGUCUCUUCAUCAAGACAGACGCGGCGGACUCCAUCCCCUCCGUUCUCGCCUACCAGAGCCGGCAGCAGCCGCCGCCCUCCGCCGGCCCUCGCCGCAAGGAGCGCAGGGAGCCGGGCUCCUCCGCCCGGGCCAGGACGCCCCGCUGCUGUGGCAUCGAGGCGGAGACCCAGACCAGCAACGCAAGCGUCAAGCAGGCUUCAACUGCUGAAGUACAAAUUGGGCCCAUGAGACUGACACAAGAUCCAAUUCAGGUUUUGCUGAUCUUUGCGAAAGAAGACAACCAAAGUGAUGGUUUCUGGUGGGCUUGUGACAGAGCUGGAUACAGGUGCAAUAUUGCCCGGACUCCAGAGUCAGCGCUUGAAUCUUUUCUUGAUAAGCACCAGGAAAUAAUUGUUAUAGAUCACAGGAACUCCAGAUAUUUUGAUGCGGAAGAUAUCUGCAGGUCUAUUCGCGCCACAAAACCAUCCGAGCACACUGUAAUACUUGCUGUCAUUCCGCGCACAUCUGCUGACCAAGAAGAGACUUCUGUUCUUCCUCUUCUUAAUGCAGGCUUUGAUAGGCAAUUCAUGGAGAAUAGCAGCAUAACUGCUUGUUACAAUGAACUGGUUCAAAUAGAACAUGGGGAAGUGCGAUCUCAGUUCAAAUUACGGGCUUGUAAUGCAGCAUUUACAGCAUUAGACCGUUGUCAAGAAGCUAUAGAAAUAACCAGUGAAGAUCAUGUCAUUCAGUAUGUUAAUCCAGCCUUUGAACGGAUGAUGGGUUAUCACAAGGGAGAGCUUAUUGGCAAGGAACUUACUGAACUACCAAAAAGCGAUAAAAACUGUGCGGAUCUUUUAGACACUAUCAACACAUGUAUUAAAAAAGGAAAGGAAUGGCAAGGAGUUUACUAUGCAAGAAGAAAAUCAGGAGACAGUAUCCAGCAGCACGUGAAGAUAACACCUGUGAUUGGUCAAGGAGGGAAAAUAAGACACUUUGUGUCCCUCAAAAGGCUGUAUUGUGCCAGUGAAAACAGCAAACAGCUCUACAAGAGUCAUCAUGAUGAGAAGUACGCAGGAGACAACUCUCAGUCAGAAUCCUAUUCCUUCAAAUUCAAGAACAGAAGAAAAGACUCAACUGAUGUUAACUCAAUAACAUCCCAAAGUAGCGAUGCUUCAAGUUUACAGACCCGACGCUACUCUUCCAUGGCAAGGAUCCACUCAAUGACAAUAGAAGCUCCUAUCACAAAGGUUAUUAACAUAAUUAAUGCUGCCCAGGAAAACAGCCCCGUCACAGUAGCAGAGGCCUUGGACAGAGUUCUGGAGAUCCUGCGGACCACGGAACUUUACUCUCCUCAGCUAGGUACCAAAGAUGAAGAUCCUCACACAAGUGAUCUUGUUGGAGGUCUGAUGACUGAUGGUUUGAGAAGACUGUCAGGAAAUGAGUAUGUGUUUUCUAAGAAUAUGAACCUGAGCCAUAGUCACCUUUCAGUGCCAAACACCGUCAACGAUGUUCCGCCCUGUAUCACACAGCUCCUAGAUAACGAGGAAAGCUGGGACUUCGAUAUUUUUGAGUUGGAGGCUCUUACAAAUAAAAGGCCACUAGUGUUUUUGGGUUUAAAAAUUUUUUCCCGGUUUGGGGUCUCUGAGUUUUUAAACUGUUCGGAAGCGACACUGCGAGCGUGGCUGCAGGUGAUUGAAGCCAACUACCACUCCUCCAACUCAUACCACAACUCCACCCACGCAGCGGAUGUCCUGCAUGCUACCGCCUUCUUUCUUGGGCAGGAGAGAGUUAAGGGAAGCCUUGACCGUUUGGAUGAGGUGGCUGCAUUAAUAGCUGCCACCAUUCAUGACGUAGACCACCCUGGACGGACCAACUCUUUCCUGUGCAAUGCAGGCAGUGAAUUAGCUGUCCUUUACAACGAUACAGCUGUAUUAGAGAGUCAUCACACAGCACUGGCGUUUCAGCUUACAAUUAAAGACAGCAAAUGCAACAUUUUCAAAAAUAUUGAUAGAAAUCACUACCGGUCUUUGCGCCAGUCCAUUAUUGAUAUGGUUUUGGCAACGGAGAUGACAAAGCACUUUGAGCACGUGAACAAAUUUGUGAACAGCAUCAACAAGCCAAUGGCAUCUGAAGAGACCAGCUCACGCAGCGAAGGCAGUGACUGUGAAUGUGCAGCCAAUAAAAAGAAUUUUCCAGAUAAUCAGACACUGAUCAAGCGCAUGAUGAUUAAAUGUGCGGAUGUAGCAAAUCCAUGUCGCCCCCUAGAGCUGUGUAUCGAAUGGGCAGGGAGGAUUUCAGAGGAGUAUUUUGCACAGACUGAUGAAGAGAAGAGACAAGGUCUGCCUGUUGUAAUGCCAGUAUUUGAUAGAAACACCUGCAGCAUCCCCAAGUCUCAAAUUUCCUUCAUUGAUUAUUUUAUAACAGAUAUGUUUGAUGCAUGGGAUGCAUUUGCACAUCUGCCUGUUUUGAUGCAAAACUUGGCUAAUAACUACAAACACUGGAAAACAUUGGAUGAGUUAAAGUGCAAGACUCUCAGGCUCCCAUCAGAAAACAACAACUAACACUAAAGCAAGAAAAAC